AUUUGGUUCCAAGUUUGGUCAAAUCUCUGCAUACAUUUCCUCUUCCCGGAAAGUGGAAAUUAAGUUUAUGAAUGAUAUGGCUGAUUCUUCUUCUGCUUCGGAUAUCAUCUAUCAAGAAAAAUAUGAUGUGUUUCUUAGUUUCAGAGGUGUUGACACCCGCGAUACUUUCACCAGCCAUCUCUAUUCCGCUUUAGUUCGGAAGAAAAUUGAGACCUACAUUGAUUACAAGCUUGAGAGUGGUGAUAAAAUUGCACCUAACCUUCUAGAAGCAAUCGAAAAAUCAAAGCUUUCGGUCAUCAUUUUCUCGAAAAACUAUGCUUCUUCCACAUGGUGUUUGGAGGAACUUGCGCAUAUACUAGAAUGCAAGGAUAGAUACGGACAGAUUGUUGUACCCAUUUUUUACGGCAUAGAUCCAUCCCAUGUACGAAAACAGCAGGGGAGUUAUGGAGAUGCAUUUGCUCAACUUGAACAACGUUUCAAGGACAGUAUGGACAAGGUGCUCAAGUGGAGGGCUGCUUUGACGGAUGCAGCCGAUAUCUCUGGGUUUGAUGCCUCAAACAAAACAGGGACAGAGGCCGAUUUUGUUGAGAAAGUUGCCCAAGAUGUUUUGAGCAAAUUGAACCACAAAUCGUCAAGCAACUUAAAGGGCCUGGUCGGAAUUGAAAUCCAAAUUGAGCAAAUUGAAUCAUUAUUAUGCAUUGAUUCACCAGAUGUUUGCACUGUGGGUAUUUGGGGAAUGGGUGGUAUUGGCAAGACUACCCUUGCUGAAGCUGUUUUUCACCGACUCACUUCUAAAUUUGAGGCUUCAUGUUUUCUUCCAAAUGUGAGGGAGGAGUCAGAAAGACAUGGACUAAAGCACUUGCGGAAUGUACUUCUUCGUGAGAUACUAAACGAAAAAGAUCUAAAUAUUGACACUCCAUCUAUAGGACGAAGUUUUGUUCGAGAAAGGCUCAGCCGUACAAAGGUACUCAUUGUUCUUGACGAUGUGAAUGAUUCAAGCCAAUUGGAACUUCUAGUUGGUGAUGAUAUUCAGUUUGGUUGCGGAAGUCGAAUCAUUAUAACAACUAGAGACAGACGACUACUUAAGAAAAUGGCUGAUGCUGACAAGAUAUUCAAGGUUGAGGGAUUAAGGUGUGAUGAAGCUCUUCAGCUCUUUCAUUUGCACGCUUUCAAAAAUGACUCUAUGGGGUCAUAUUAUACAGAGUUGUCAAGAAUGGUGGUCGAUUAUGCCGGAGGCAUACCACUAGCUCUUAUAAUUUUGGGCUCCUUAUUCCUUCACUGUGAGAGCAAACAAGACUGGGAAGAUCAAUUGAACGAGUUGAAAAAGUUUCCCAACCGUAAAAUUCAGAAUGUGUUGAGACUAAGUUACGAUGGAUUAGAAAAAAAUGCAAAGGAGAUAUUUCUUGAUAUAGCAUGUUUUUACAAAGGGAUGGAUAUACGUCUUGCAAAAGAAAUGUUAGAUAUUCGUGGUUUUUUUGCAGGAGGUAUUAAAGUUCUCGUUGAUAAGUCUCUCAUUUCAAUUUCAGAGAUGAACUGCCUAGAAAUGCAUGAUUUACUACAAGAAAUGGGACUGGAAAUGGUUCGUGAGCAGUGUAUUGAGGAGCCCGGAAAACGCAGUAGGUUAUUCAUUAAGGAGGAUGUCUCUCAUGUGUUGAAGAAUAAUACAGGAACUGCAACAGUUGAAUGCAUAUUCUUUAAUAUGUCUAAGAUUAAAGAGCUACACUUGAAUCCCGCAGCCUUCAAAAAGAUGUAUAAUCUGAGAGUGCUGGAGAUCUAUAAUUCUUCUAGCUUGGACAAUAAGUGCAGCAAAUUGUACGUUCCUGAAGGUCUUCAGUCUCUUCCCGAUACGCUUAGUUAUCUUCACUGGGAGGGAUACCCUUUGAAAUAUUUUCCAUCAAAAUUUUCUCCUCAAAAUCUCGUUAACAUUCAAAUGGCCCACAGUCAAGUCGAACAGCUUUGGAGUAAAGGCCAGAAACUUGCGAAUUUAAAAGUGAUCGAUUUUAGCUUCUCCAAACACCUGACUGAAAUUCCAGAUCUCUCCCUGAGUCGCAAAAUUGAACAUAUAAAUCUUGGUUGCUGUAAAAGUUUGGUUGAAAUUCCUUCGUAUUUUCAAUAUCUUGACAAACUUAGUUUUCUUGGGCUGAGAGGAUGCUCGAAUCUCAAAUAUCUUCCGGAGUUGCCAAUCAGCAUUAAAACCUUAUAUUUGUCAGAGACUGCAAUAAAGGAAUUGCCUUCAUCAGUUUGGUCAAACGAAAAUCUUUCUCACCUGGAUAUCGAAUUUUGUAAAGAUCUUGAGAAUCUUCCAAGCUGCAGUUGCAAGCUGAAAUUCCCCUUUCGGUUUAGUAUAGAGGGCUGCUCAUCACUUCGCAAGGUUUGGGAACUUCCUAGGGAUAUACAAGAGUUAUUUUUGAAUGGGACAGCAAUAGAAACAUUGCCUUCAUCAAUUGAGUGUCUCUUUGGUCUUACUGAAAUUGGACUGAAAGAUUGCAAAAGUCUCGUCAGUCUCCCUACGAGCAUAUGUAAGUUGAAAUGUCUUGAGGGACUUGAUCUCACUGGUUGCUCUAAAUUUGAAUGCUUCCCAGAAAUUUUGGAGCCUAUGGAACAUCUGAAGUUUCUUUCAUUAAAGGGAACAGCAGUUAAAGAGCUACCUUCAUCAAUCGAAUUUCUCUCUCAUCUCCUAAUCAUUGACUUGAAAAAUUGCCAAAGAUUCAUGAGUCUCCCGAAGAGCAUUUGUAAGUUGAAAUCCCUUUGGAAGCUUAACCUGAAAGAGUGCUGUAGAUUCAACUGUUUCCCUGAAAUCUUGGAGCCUAUGGAACGUCUAGAGUUUCUUAGUUUAAGAAGGACAGCAGUUAAAGAGCUGCCCUCAUCAAUCGAAAAUCUAAUUGGGCUUGAAACAUUAGAUCUCCGUCUGUGCAAGAAGCUUGAGUUUGUCCCAAGCAGCAUCUACAAUUUAAACUGUCUUAGAACUCUCAGUUUUGAUGGCUGUUCUAAACUUAAAAAAUUGCCUUCAUCCUCAUUUGGCUUUAACGAUUUGGAAGAAGCAACUCUCAGUUAUUCCGGUAUAUUAGAAAUCCCUGAUCGCCUCGUUUGCUUAACCUCAUUACGAGGAUUAGAUCUAAGAGGAACCAUGGUUAAGUGGAUACCAGCAAGCAUCAAACAAGCUUCUCGGCUGUCUUGCCUGUUGUUAAAUAAUUGCAAAAGCCUUCAAUCUUUACCCGAGCUCCCAGGGGUACGUUGGCUGGAAGCACAUGGUUGCACUUCUCUGGGGAAAGUGUCAAGUUUAAGGACUCAACUUGUACAAGGUCGUGAUGAUUAUGAACAUGGAGUUUAUGGUAGGAUCCCCGAGAAACUUAUAUUUUCUGGUUGCUUGAAAUUGGAUGAGAAUGCGCGGAACAGCAUAAUGGACGACGCACAUCUUCGAAUUUUGCGAAUGGCGGCGUCACACAAUGUGGAAUCGUUGGAUGGAAAUUCUUUAGUUACCAUUGUAUGUCCAGGAAAUGAAAUUCCUAAUUGGUUCGGAGCUCAAAAUGAGGGAUCUUCGAUAAAUAUCAGUCUUCCUCCAAAUUGUUUUGGGUCAGACUUCUUGGGCUUCGUUUUCUCUCUUCUUGUUGAUUUUGACAACUAU